AUGGAUGCAGUUCCCAAAUCUAUCCAGAAGGUUCAGGCAUCACUUGAACCUUACGUCAAACCACGGGAGCAGGUAGCAUACAUCCGGCGCGCCUUGGCUCUUCACCUUCAGGCCUGCCGUCAGCCAGGGCCAUUUCAAGAACCGUUGUCUCUCGUUGAUGCGUCCUGCAGACUGACACCAACGAAUGAGGUUAGAGGCCUACAGAAGGAAUAUCUCAAAGCUUUGAAUGCAAACCUCAAGGCUCAGAAUGAGUACGAGAUCACGCGGGAUGCAGCGGUAGCGGCAGCCCCCUCUCGGCCAAAGGCUUUUGACCCCAGGGAUCAGAUCGAGCAACACGUGGCUCUUGUCAAACUACGACAGAAGCAACAGCGACUGUUGACGGUUCAGAAGUACUUGGAUAUCCUGGGACGCCAGCCCGCAGCAUCACCAGACUUUCUCGACCUGGAAGACAUUUUCAAGAAGUCCAUGUCCUUACCGGAGGUUCCAAAAGAGGUUGUCAACGGGUUUUCCGUCAGCGCCAGCACAACAAAGACAAACUUGGGGGUUCUGGCUGAUCAGCUCGAAAAAGUCGUGCUGAGAGCCAAACUAUUACUCCAGCGUGAAGAGCAACUUCUCAACGGAGUUCGUCAGAAUACAACAUCGCUGGCAGGCCAAGUAAGCGACGAGGCAAAGGCACAUGCUUUGGAUGCUACUCGAGCUGAAUUAAUCAACUGGAUCGAGACGGAGCUUAGUAAGGCUUCGGGGGAAUCAGACGACCAGGCAAAUGGAUACGACGGCCAUUCUGAACAAGCCACUAUCGACGAGCAUCUAGGCGAAAUCAAGAGCAAGUACAAAAAAUACGUAGUUGCGAGGACAGCGCUGCUCAACAUCGUCUCUGAGCAGACGCAACCAGUCCUGAAACCCGGUGGCGAAGCCUCAUCGACAGCCGGUCAGAGCCAGGCCACCCCACCAUCACCGACUGCUCACUCUCUGCUCUCUUACAUCGAAAAGCUCCUUUCACUUUCUCGAGAACAAAAUGGAAUGAUUACCCAAAAAUCGCACAUUCACACUGUUCUAGCCAAGCAGGCCAGGGAAACUCAACAGACGCUGGACCAUCUCGCCGAAGAAAGCCAGCUCCUUCCAGGACAUCCCAUGCCUGGAGCGGGCCGACCCAAAUCAGGAUUUGGAGAAGACUUCUCCACCGCCAUGGCUGAGAAGCCGGUGCCUUCGAACCGAGUCAAGUCCUGGGUGUUCGCGGCGGAUUCGGCAAAGAUUGCGACGUUGGAGGUUGUUGCAGAGAAAAUUGAGGAAGGACAGGUCGCACUGGAAGGCUCGACAACGGCGCUUCAGGAAGUUGACAAGCUCCUAAGCCACGGACCGAAGCAGACCGAGAUGGAGGCGGGAGACACGACGGAGGAAGACAUAUGGUUAACGCAAGGAUCAGCAAACAAGUCGGGGGCAAGGGAGCACAUCAAACAUCAGCGUACGGGGUCCACAGCCAAAGACGAUGACAUUUGGUCUGCCAUUGAUGGGAAGCUCGGUCUCAUUGGUCAUGAUGAUCAUAUUUGA